UUCGCGUGAGGUUAUUUCUAGACUAUACGACGACGUUUUAGCUGUCUUCUUCUUCAUUGCGAUUUACCGUGGAAGUGAGGUCGUGACUAGAGGGACGAAGAUCCGAUCUGCUAGACUACUACGGUGUUUCAAGGAGAGGAGAAUCAAUGGCGGGAGUUGGAAGAUCAAUGGUUGGAUCUGUUCUUAUGUUUACAGUGGUGCUCUCGCUCCAAGAAGUGUACAGAGGGAAAUUAGCUUCUUCUGAGCUGUUGACGAUCAUUGGAGGCUUCACUAGCUCCCUCCUCUUUCUCUUCUCUCUCACUUUCAUUGGAAAUCUCCAGGAAUCUUCUGGCAUGAAGAGUGGCUGGGGUGCAGUGAUUGUUGGGGAAAUCAUAGCUCUUGUUGCUGCUAGCACGGUGCAUCGAGUUUGCAUUACAACCUGUUUCUUGUUCUCCGGUGGGCUGUUAUACGAGAUGAGCAAGAUCUCAGGAUACAUGCUCUCCAGAGCUGAAUCAAAAUCUAAAAGGCACUGAAUCAAGAGGACGACGGGAUUACUAAGUUACAUGAUGUUCUCGCUUUUGAUAGAUCUUGUUUACAUAGUCUCUAAGGAUACUUGAUGAAAUUUAGAAUUUCACGCGUAUCUUAUGUUUGACUUGGUCGAUAUCCUCGCAAUUCCAUGAGUUGUGGUUAUGACUU